CCCUCUCCUGCCAGAGAGUUAAGGGGCUACUCACUCUUUCCUUGUGGGGCCGCCCAGAUCUACCAACAGGGAGAUGCCCCAAGUUCAGCCUCACCCAGAGGACUCAGUUCAGUCCUUCAGCACAACUCAGAGGGCUUUCAUCGUCCUGACUAGGCCAGCACUUUUGCUCCAGAGUUUUGAGGCACAUUUAUAUUUUAAUUUGGGCCAAAAUUACUUUAUGGAAACAAAAACCCAAGCUCCAACAUUUGUCUGCCCUCCCUGCUCUCUGACCUCAAAGCUACAAAUGAGCUUCUCCCCAGUCUGUCCCCUGACCCACACCCCAUGGACAUCCCAAGCAAGGGCAAGGGAAAAAUGGCUCUCGCAUCACUCUGCACCACAUAAAGGGAGUAGAGCAGUGCUGGGCACCUGGACGACAGCACGUGGUGGGCGUGCGGGAGUGUUAGCAAUCGCAGUUCUCAUUCUUACUUAGCAACAACACAAAUGACCACAGCUAACAGUCGGUCCCAUCACUUACCCAUUUUACAGCUGAGGACAACAAGGCUCAGAGGUACAGACACUUGCCAAGGAGGUAACCCAGCCUUGGCAAUGCCGCCAGGGAGAAGUCAGCCUGGCCAAGAGCUUUGGGCAGUUUAUUGAGACCCCCUUGUUGCGGGGCUAGGGGGCUCCCUGAGGCUCCUGUUCAGUUGGGGGGAAUGAGGUGUGGCAGAACAGAGGAAAGUGGGUUUUAAACCUGGCUGGUCACUUCCCACCUGAGGAGGAGGAUUGAUGGGGAUGCUGAAGACCAGGCUUCCAUCCUGGACACCUGACCAGGCUGGCGCUCAUCUCUCCAGCCAGCCUCCCCCUUCCUGCUUCUCCCCAGUCUCCCGCCCAGCCGCCCAGCUGCCCAGCCGCGGAGCCAACAUUCUUUCCCGCAUUUGGCAUCUGACCCCACAUGGGGCACUUUCCACCCCUUGGCGGCUCUCUGCAGGGACUCCACCACUCACCAGCAACCUGUCUCUCCCUGUCCACUGUCGUGCUGUGCCACAACCAUGGUUGAGUGUCUCUCUCCCCUUGGCAAGUAGGAACCCUGUCUUGUUCAAAAUGGUUCCCCUAGCUCUUGAAGGGGCUUCAGUGUUUGUUAGUAGAAAUAACAAAAUGAGAAUGAUAAUGCCUACCUGGAAGGUGUGCUUACUGAGGAAUGCAUGCAAAAAUGUCUGGUGCAGAAAAGCUCUCUGAUAAGUGUUCAGGAAAAUGGGCUUUUGUUUCAUUGUUUUGGCAGCAUGAGCAAAAUAAUAGAACCAAUCACGGGUAAUCAGUCACCUUGUAAUAAUAGCUGGUAGGUAUUGAGUGCUAGUAUGUAUGGGCUCUCUGCUCAGGGUUGCUUAAUCCCACCCCAGCCCACGUGGUAAAUUAUAAUUUCUCCACUUGACAAGGGUAAAGACCACGCUCCGGGAGGAUGGGUGACUUGCUCAAGGUCACACCAGGUGGAGCCAAGAUUUUUUUAAGGUAAGAACACUGAUCUUGACCACUAUGCAAAAAAGCUCAGAAACAGAAAAGGACCCAAUUUCUCUCCCUCCCUGUGCAAUUUGCCUAGUUUUAGCCAGAAUAUCCCAGCGCGAAUCGGAGGGAAAAAAAUGAGAUUCUGAAGUCUAGCCCUUGGGCCUAGACACACACAGGGGUGCCCGGAACCUCCAGGUGAGGUCUUGCCAAAAGGUUUGAAAGAGAUGGAAUUUAAGGGAAGUUGGCCUAAGAGUCUCUCCCUCCCCCCUCAGUCUUCAGGACAAAAGCUCCGUUCAUAUGCACAUCUGUGGGGGGUGGGAGGCUCUUCAGCCACCCUAUCUGGAGCCCAGAGAGGUGGGGAGGCAAUGGCUGGACCUGCCCAGGGUGGAGGUGCUGCCACAAGACCCACGCAGACAGCAGGAGAGCCCAGAGCCAGGAUCCUCAGCCAGGAACCCUCCCUUUCUCCCUGGACAUGGCUGGCAGGAGAUUGGCUGGCUUGUUUCUGUUGGCCAGGCUCCCUUCCCGGUGCUGGGGUGAGUCGGUGAGGCCGGCCGGUCCACCUGGGGACACAUGGAGCCUGCCUUACCCUCCCCAGUGGGUGCAGCAAGCCCAUGCUACAGGAAGUCCCACCAGCCUCCUUGAUGACCCCAUAGCUACAGGUCCGCAGAGCUGGCUGGCACUGGGCUCCCAGCAUAGACGACCCACAUCCUCCCAAGACUUCUUUCCAGCUUCCUAAUCCCCCAUCCCAUCGCUGAGGCCCGGGUCCCCCUUUUCCCUCUGAGCUGCUAGGAACUCCUUAGGUCUGUCCUGGCAGCCUUCACCCCAGGCUUCCCUGCAACUCACCACUCGGGGUCCCCACUCCAGAGAUGGAAGUGCUAGGGGUUCUUUGAGGGCCCCAGGGCCAGAGUCAGCCUCGACCAGACUGGGAAAGGACUCCGGGAAAACUGAACAGGAAGUUCCCUGCUCUAGUCCCAUCCAGGUAAUGAGGGGGCUUCCUCGAGUUAACCCUUAACCUCCCAGUUUGGGAGUGGGGUGGGGGAGAGGGCGGGGCCAGAGAAAUGAGGGCAAAGUGGCUAAGCCAGACUCCAGCCUGGGACCGAGAAUGAGAGUCUAACUACCCCUCCAGGUAAGAACUGCUCCCCUCCUAAUCAGGACUGUUCCUGUUCUCCUUGUGGGGAGGGGGUCUGUCAGCCGUACUUUCUGGGGAGACCGGAGCUGCCAUUUUAAAAGGCCUAUUGUGCGCUGGGCUCUUUGCUAGCAUUUCAUUCAUGCGACAGAUCUCUGCCAAGGGCCUGCUAUGUGCCAGGCACAGUUGCAGGUGCUGAGGUGAACAGGAGCAGGCCCCGACCUCAGACGGCUUACACGCAGGUGUGCUGGAGCUGUCCCGGGGUAAGAAAACAACAUGACCACGUGACGGGGGAAGAAAGCGCGCCAUCAACACCACCUAAGAUCUUCCCAAGAAUCUUGCCUGGUGGCUUUUGUCCCAGCUUUCCCAAAGAGGAAGCAGGGACUUCCGGGAGGGGAUGUGACCUCCCCACUGGCCUUGAGCCCUACUCUACCUCUAAAGUCAAGCCUUUCCCUUUGCUCUGAGGUGUCUUUUUGGGUCGUGCCCUUGGCUGGCCGCAGCCCGUAGGGCGCUUUCCUCGGGAGAAACUGCGGUUCAGAGCCCGCGGGCACUCUCGUGGCACCACCUGUUCCGGGCACCCGGGACACCUGCUCGGUGGCCGGAGGCUCGGCAUUGGCCGCCUCUCGGCCUAGGCCCGUUGAUCGGUCGGGGCCAGACCCUGCGCUCGCUCUGGCUCUUCUGCCGCGUCCUUGUCUCCCUGUACGUGGUACCUGGGCUUAUCUUGUUCCUUUAUUUUCAUUGUCUAGUGUGGGCCUCCCUGGACCGCAAGCUCCCUGUGGACAGCGGUGUUUCCCUUGUCUGCGCCGCAUCCUCCACACCUAGCCCAGAGCUGACAUGUGUCAAGACGGACGGAACGGCUUAGGAGCCGGCCCGCGAGGCCCACCGCCCUCAGAGCUGAGACCCCAGCAUUUUCCUGUGGUGCUUGCAGUGAAGGACUGCAGGGUGUGGAGGGCGCAGCCGUCACUGAGGACCAGCCCUGGGACAGACACGGGGGGAUGUUGAGAACAUGAGCUCAGUGAAGCCGCCAGAUGCGGGAAUGUUUGCUCGGUCUGAAGCCCAGAUAAGCGCCUCCAUCCGUGAUAGUUAUCCUUGUGACAGGCUCCUGAGGCUCCUGGCCAGAAGCUGGAGGGGGUUGGCCAACAAGAGGGAGAAACGACUCAGCUGUGCUUUCUACCUCUGACUCAGAAAUGUCUGCAGACGGUGGAGGCACCCGGGUUGCCCAGGACAAGGAGCGAGCCCGAGAGGUUCCAGGUCAUGAGCAUCCUUGUCAAGAAAUGCUUUCUGAGUCGGAGGAGAUGGUGCCUUUGGGAGCUGCUCAGGAGUCACCCCACAUCAAGACGGAGCCGGAAGAGCCACACCCUGAGGGGGCAUCGCAGGGGGAUGGGGCUCCAGGAACGCCAGGCUGGGUGUCCCUAAGCCAGGGCUCGAAGGAGAAAGCUCUUUUCCUGCCUGGUGGAGCCCUCCCCUCCCCCCAGAUCCCCGGGCUUGCUCGCGAAGGGAGGACCAGAGACCGGCAGAUGGCUGCGGCACUGCUUACAGCCUGGUCCCAGAUGCCAGUGACCUUUGAGGAUGUGGCUCUAUACCUCUCCCGGGAGGAGUGGGGGCGGCUGGACCACGCGCAGCAGAGCUUCUAUAGGGACGUCCUGCAGAAGAGGAACGGGCUGUCCUUGGGAUUUCCCUUCAGCAGACCUUUCUGGGCCUCCCAAGGACAGGGCAAGGGUGAGGCCUCGAGCUCGUGCCGACAGAUGGGAGAUGAGGAGGAGAAGCCAGGAGCCACUGAGAUGGGAAAGGAGGAGCCAGCCCCAUCCCUGGUAUCCCUGGCAGCCCUUGGGGAUGUGAAGCCUUUCAGAAGCAGGGUGGGGAGAGCCCAGGGAGACAUCCUGCAGUGCGGGCAGCAAGCAGGCAGCGGCCAGAGCUCGGGGCCAGCCAAAGACGAUGGGCAGCCAGGUCCCCUGGAGGAGAGGCGGGCGAAACCGACCCCGCCCGACACCAGCCUCGAGAAGGCCCAGGAGGGCCACCUUCCAGAGAAACCCAGAGAGGGGCGAACGGGCAGCCCCGAGCGCAGCGAGGAGGGCCUGGCCCCCGACGGUGACGCCAGCAAGAAGACCUACAAGUGCGAGCAGUGCGGCAAGGGCUUCAGCUGGCACUCCCACCUGGUGACCCACCGGCGCACCCACACGGGCGAGAAGCCCUACACCUGCACGGACUGCGGCAAGCGCUUUGGCCGCAGUUCGCACCUCAUCCAGCACCAGAUCAUCCACACGGGCGAGAAGCCCUACACCUGCCCCUCCUGCUGGAAGAGCUUCAGCCACCACUCGACGCUGAUCCAGCACCAGCGCAUCCACACGGGUGAGAAGCCCUACGUGUGUGACCGCUGUGCCAAGCGCUUCACCCGCCGCUCGGACCUGGUCACCCACCAGGGCACCCACACGGGCGCCAAGCCCCACAAGUGCCCCAUCUGCGGCAAGUGCUUCACGCAGAGCUCGGCCCUGGUCACCCACCAGCGCACCCACACUGGGGUCAAGCCCUACCCGUGCCCCGAGUGCGGCAAGUGCUUCAGCCAGCGCUCCAACCUCAUCGCGCACAACCGCACGCACACGGGCGAGAAGCCCUACCACUGCCUCGACUGUGGCAAGAGCUUCAGUCAUAGCUCACACCUCACCGCCCACCAGCGCACCCACCGUGGCGUCCGGCCCUACUCCUGCCCCCUCUGUGGCAAGAGCUUCAGCCGGCGCUCCAACCUGCACCGGCACGAGAAGAUCCACACGACGGGGCCCAAGGCACUGGCCAUGCUGAUGCUGGGGGCGGCGGGGGCGCUGGCGGCACCCCCGCCUGCUCCCACUUAGGAGGCAUCAGGGCAGCGUGAGAAGGGGUGUGGGAAGGGAGCGGGAGGUGCUGGCAUGGGGUGGGGCGUGGCAACACAGGAACUAGGGCGAGGCGCGGGCACGCUAGCUGCAAAUUAAAGGCCUUGGAAUUCCAGCCA